ACUAAGAAAUAUAUACCCCAUAUGAUGGUCCAUGAGGUACAGAUAAAUUUUAAUUUCGAUGGUAUCACUUUGUGACAUAUUUUUGUAAUGUAUGAUAACGUUAUGUAGUUUGCCAGUAAUAAAACCAAAUUGCACUAAUUCAAAACAUCCAUACGACUGCACGCCUGAUCAAAUCUAAUUUACUAAGAAAAAUAUAGUCCAUAAAAUAUUGCAUUAGGUACAUCUUCAUCUUAAUGUGGAUAGUUAUCGAAAUAAAAGUCAUCAUUGUUUUACUAGAUUUUAGUUACUAUAGUAUUGUUAAUGAUAGGAAUGUAUAUAUUUAAAAAAAGUUUUAGUACCUCUGAAGUGUUUGUUUCAUUCAAUUUAAGUUCAAUCUAUAUACAAAUAUUUCAGUAACCAUUUGAUCAAAGUAAGCAGUAUUCCUGUUAAGGAUUUCAUAUUGGUAAGUGUUUAAUUUCCGAUCCUUAAAGAUCGUUCAGCUGUGCGUGUGGUAUUCUUAGUUCUUUCUAUUCGACUAUUUUCUAGUUGGGUGGUUCCAGUAUUUCCCACUUGAAUACUUUUUAAUCAUCUUUAUAAGGAUAUGUGGCCUGCUUUUUUUAAUUGUUUUUGACAGCUUAUCUGUGAUAUGCAGGCAUCAUAACCUCUGAUUCCCUUUCAAAAUUCCAUGUUAUUUAGUUCCGCAGACUGUUUUUCGUUUAACACACACACAUUCUUUAACUUUGGGGCAAUACGUCGCUUUAUAUGGAAUGGCACUAAUGUGGCACAUUGAAGGUUCCAUGAUGACUGCCGCAUGAAAACAUCUGGGGAUGUUUCAAAAUUCCAAGUUUUACCAUUUCAUGUUGAAUACUGCUUAAACCGAUGCUGGAGGCGUGGACGGUAAUUAGCAUUUCCCAGUACCGUCCAUGAACAGGCUCAAUCAAACCGAGUCCGCAACAUUAUCAAUUUUUUCGUUUUGUGCGUUCUUUAGGGAUUCUUUAUUUCUUCCUAUUUUAUUUCUACUUUAAUUCUUUCUAUGCAUGUAUAACUUCUUGGUGUGAAUUAGGAGAUAACAAAAUGCAAUGUGGACCAUAUUCCCGGUUUGACAUUUAUAAUUCAUGACCAAUAUUUUGGACGCUUAUUACUCAGGUGAUAACAAAGUAAGUAAUCUAGAUUGAUGCGAUGCAUUUAUUGAUAACUAUAUUUAAUUAUUUCAAUGUUGACUAUCGGGAUGUAAUAUUUACUUUUUUAUUUGGUGGUUUUUAUAUUUAAUUAUUUUUAUUAAGUUUAUGUAUUAAGAAUAAAAACUGACACUAUUGGAGAUAUGUUGAUUUAUCUUAUUUAUAUUGGCUGUAUAUUGUCUUCGUCUAGAUUAGAUAUAAUACGAAACUUAGAUGGGAUAGCUUUAUAAUAACGGGCGUCAAGCUUAUACCUACAAUAACAUUUUAAAUUGGUUACAUCAAUUGACCACCGGGGUAAAUUGUGAUUAAGAUUUUAAAAGCAUUGCACUAAUUUCACAUGAUUUUUUUCUUUCAGUAAAUAACGAACAGACGGACACAAUGUUGGGAAGUUUUUUACAGACGUUUAUAGCAUUUUUCUUGUUUACACUAGAGUGCUUUCAUAUAUGGGGUCACACACUGAUUUUGUUUCGAGUGCGGUUACCUCCGCGGGAGGAUUUGGUCCGAAUUAGGUACUACUUCUUGGUCGAGGUUCUCACAAUGUUUUCAUCAUCAAUGCUGUUUACGGGGAAGCUAAAAUGGCUAGCUGCUUGUCAUGUCAUUACGCAUGCAUUCUACUUCAUCUUCUGGGAGAAGAAUUGGGUGGCUAGAAAGAUUGUUACAUGGAGCUCAUUAGACUGGUUUAAAAGCGACCUCAGAACACGUUGGGAAUUCGACUCAAUUUUUGGUGUUACUUUGGAUAGUGUGGUCCAUAUAAGUAUGGCGUACUAUUUGGGGCAAUACCUGGAUGUUGCAGAAGUAAUAGUUUCCUUGUCGAUCGUACACGUGGGCGUACUCGUGUUGCUGUUCAGAUCUUAUUCUUCUUGGGCCUCUCCAGGGAAGGAACCUGCCUGGAUUGAAAACAGAAUUCACCCGGAGAUAAUUAAAUUUUAAUAAGGAAUAUUAAAAGCAACUUUAUUUUCCACAAACCUCAACACC